AUGCAAAAUGUACCUCAUCGCUAUCGAUACGAGCCAAACCCGGGAUUGAUGAUUGAUAAGUUUCGAAGUUCGAUCAAAAACGAUUAUGAUUUUGCAUGCGAAAUGCAAAAGUGCUCCUCAUUUUCGACGUUUAAAAAAAUCUUGGUGCCAAGCGAAAAAUACACCUCAGGAUUAUAUAAACGCGGAAUGCCUGACAUGUAUACGGCAACACUAUUCAGUCCAAAAUCCGCUGGCAGGGAAAAGGACAAAAUCUUCUAUCUUUAUUUUUCCUACAAUUUCAUUGACGAGGUGACGAAAAUUGACUAUUUCGAUGCGAAAAAAUCGUACAUCCACGUUGCGAAAAAUCGAUUACGACCGGAUUAUACACUAGACGAAUUAAGUAUUGCUUUAAUUUGGCGAAAUGAAUACGCACGUCGUGCCAAUAUUCUCAAGAAUCGCCCAAAUUAUCGCCAACCGCAAUUCGAUGGAUUUUGCCGGAAAAUUAUGCCCUCUUCAAGACAUUUGUUCAUAAAAGAGGAGAAAACAUCGACACCAAUUUAUGGGCAUUUGAUUCGAAAGUAUGAAAAACAGAUCAAAGACUCGUUGCGGAAUCGAUUUGUUUCGCUCGAUUAUGACUUGAAGGACGAUUUCACUCAAUUGAAAAAUAAGGCAUUGAGUUUCAUUGUGUUGAAUCCGAGUUGGAUCGAACAACGUCGGCAGUUUCAGCCACCCUUGUACCUUCACGUACGUCCAAACUAUUUGAGGGAUUUUAUUAAUAAUCAUCAAUAUAAUACCGAAGGAUUCCGAACUCGUCGUGAUCUCGACCUUUUCAACGAAUUCAAUUAUAUGACUUCGAGUUUGGCUUACACGGCGCAUUUUUGUCGGGCAAUCAAAAGAAAUCAAUUAUUAGGGAUUGAUGAGAAUAUGUUUCUGGAAAAGGAGGGACGAACGAAAGGAAAUCGCUAUGUGCGUGUUCGACCAUCGAGAUACGACACCAAGGCGACACCAACGGCAGUGGUUGUUCUCGGAAAAGAUGGCGAAUGGAAAACGGCAAUGGAGCAAGUUCCCGAGAGAGCACCGUCGGUUGCUUCGUUGAGCGGCUACUCGACGGAUAGUGCGGCUUCGACGGCGACUGUUACUCCAUUGGAUUGGGCGUUGAAUUGGAAGAUGCAAGACAACGAGUUUGAGCAUCGAUACAGUAAAGGGGGAAUGAUGGAGCAAAUUCUUCCACAAUCAAAAUUGUCGGUCCGCAGUCGCGUUAGAGAAAUCAAAACCAUUCAAAAACUACUAGGUGUUCAACUGAACGGCGAAUUGACGCUUUCAAUGAAAACGAUUGCUCGCAAUCGCAGCCGAAAACGAUUGGCCAUAUUCAUGCUCUUCUUAGCUGCUUUUACACUUUUCACUAUGUCAAUUUACAUUACUCAAAUGUCUUAA